AUGCACUUCUCGAAUUUGAUGCGUCGGACUACCUCCAUUCAUGAUCACUCGAAAGUAGCUACUGAUGCAAUCGUGGAUGCGUUACGUUCGAGGCAUAAGGCUAUCAAAGCGCUGCAGCAAGUGUUGGAGAGACACCAGGCUUCGAACCUCUCCGCCGAGAACCCGGACGAGAAAGAUGCAUUGCUCGCAACAGUCUUAUUUUUCAUUAACUUCGACUUAAUCGACUCUGGAAAGGGGGGUUGGAGGACACACAUGAAAGCUGCAAGGGCGCUGCUUGCCGCUCAGGCUUCAAAUUUUGCACCAUUGUCUCGAAUGGUAGAAGAGGAGGUUGCGCCAACAGAUAUAUCCCCUCCAACAGCAGAUCCGUGCUCUGAUGUUUUAACAACAAUAUCUGGACGAAAUACAAGGCCCGUACUGAACACAUCCCACGAGAUUGGCAUACGCGACUACAUUGCUUCCGAUUCUGUGGCCUACUACAUAUGGGGCACUACCCUCGAUUGCUUGUCCAAGUCAGCGUCUCGCUCCGGGGGCGACCCUGUAGAUACAGCCGACUUGCAACACAUCCUCGAUCGGACCGAAGCCAACAGCUAUCACAGCUGUCCUGCAAAUAUACUGUUACUCAUUCUGCGAACUUCCCGUCUGGCGAAAGACAUAUACGGCAAUGGCGCCUUGACACCACGCCCAGAGCAGAUGGAUUCCUUCAUGGAUCUCCUGCGAGAAGCGCAAACCUUUGACCCUGAGGCGUGGGCUCGCGCGAUAUCCAUGGCAAAUUCCCAUGUAAUCGAGGCCGACGAGGCCGAAAUACGAGUUCGAACUUGCGCGGCAGCAACCUAUCGUGCUACUGCCUGUCUGUACGUGUUGCUGCUGGCUCCCGGUUUGCAGGAGCAUAUUCGCAAGAAAACCCAAUAUUCAGCUGGUGGCAGUGAUUUGCCAUUCCUGCCAACGGCAGCGGAUCUUACAUCAACAAUUCUCCAGUAUCUAUCCCGGAUCCCAAAGAGUAGUCCACUCUUCAGAUACAGCAGCUGGCCGGUAUUCAUGACCGGUGUGGAGGCCAACACGCCUGAAAGCAGGGCCUGGAUACUCGAUCGGUUGGGGGCCAUGUGGGAAAUAUGUCCCUGGGGCAUGAUGAAGUCCGCAAUGGAGACAUUGACGAGGGUCUGGAAAGUCAGGGAUGGCAUGUUGGAGGACGCGUCAGACAACGAGCAGCAGAACGACCAAACGGGCCUGGCAGUUGACGGAAACAGCCUCGUCCAGCUCAGGAGUAUGGGCAUCGAGUUUUUGAUUGUGUGA